ACACUCCUCACGUUUGUCUCUGUUCUGAAGCAGCAGGAAGUGAGUCUCGUCAAACACACUUUGAAAGAACAUUGCAAGUAAAAACUACUAGACUGCUGGUGGAUCUAUAUUUCCUUUGGAGCUCCAACUAGAAUAUGUCAGGUAUAAUGGACCUCGGUGACACCCAACAUCUCUCAGAGCUGAGGAUUAUGUUGAUGGGGUAUAAAACUGUUGGUAAGAGUUCAACAGGAAACACCAUCCUGGGCAGAGAGGAGUUUGAUUUGAAGAGAUCUGCUCAGUGUGUGAGGAGACAUGGAGAAGUAGCAGACAGACACAUCACUGUCAUUGAAGCUCCAGGAUGGUGGAAGUGUUACGCUGUAGAGGACAGUCCUGAGAUACUGAAACAGGAGAUUUUGCUCAGUGUGUCUCUGUGUCCUCCAGGACCACACGUUGUACUACUGAUCAUACCUGUGAACAUUAAAUUUAAAGAGAGUGAGAGGAAAGCAGUGCAGGGUCAUCUGGAUCUUCUCGGUGAGAGAGUCUGGAGUCACACUAUAGUUCUGUUCACCUGUGGAGACUAUCUAGACACAUCUAUAGAGCGGCACAUUGAGAGUGAAGGACAGGAUCUCCAGUGGCUGGUGGACAAAUGUGGGAACAGGUAUCAUGUUCUCAACAAUCGCAACAGGAGUGACGACACUCAGAUCAAGGAGCUGCUGGAGAAGAUUGAGGAGACAGUGGCACAAAACAACGGUUGCCAUUUUGAAAUAGACAGAAAUAUUUUACAGGAGGUGGAAGAAAGAAAAAGAGCAGAGGAAGAGAGAGCAGAAGAACGAAUGGAGAGGAUGCAAGAAAGGAGAGAAAACAUCAGAUCACAGAUGAGUGACACCCAACAUCUCUCAGAGCUAAGGAUUGUGUUGAUGGGGUAUAAAACUGUUGGUAAGAGUUCAGCAGGAAACACCAUCCUGGGCAGAGAGGAGUUUGAUUUGAAGAGAUCUGCUCAGUGUGUGAGGAGACAUGGAGAAGUAGCAGACAGACACAUCACUGUCAUUGAAGCUCCAGGAUGGUGGAAGUGUUACGCUGUAGAGAUGAGUCCUGAGAUACUGAAACAGGAGAUUUUGCUCAGUGUGUCUCUGUGUCCUCCAGGACCACAUGUUGUACUACUAAUCAUACGUGUGAACAUUAAAUUUAAAGAGAGUGAGAGGAAAUCAGUGCAGGGUUAUCUGGAUCUUCUCGGUGAGAGAGUCUGGAGUCACACUAUAGUUCUGUUCACCUGUGGAGACUAUCUAGACACAUCUAUAGAGCAGCACAUUGAGAGUGAAGGACAGGAUCUCCAGUGGCUGGUGGACAAAUGUGGGAACAGGUAUCAUGUUCUCAACAAUCGCAACAGGAGUGACGACACUCAGAUCAAGGAGCUGCUGGAGAAGAUUGAGGAGACAGUGGCACAAAACAACGGCUGCCAUUUUGAAAUAGACAGAAAGAUUUUACAGGAGGUGGAAGAAAGAAAAAGAGCAGAGGAAGAGAGAGCAGAAGAACGAAUGAAGAGGAUGCAAGAAAGGAGAGAAAACAUCAGAUCACAGAUGAUGAGAGGAGUUGGGAAGUUUGACACGUGGUCUGUGGGAAGUUCUGCUUACGGUUCAUUUGGAUCACACUCAGGAGCAAGCAGCAGGUCAGAUUCACCCUUCAGCUCUGUGGACGGCUCAAAUCUCCAGAAAGGAAGUAAAAGCAUGGGAUUACCAUCACCAUAUAUGAGUGGAGAUGAGCGUUCUGAUACAAUGUCUGUGGGAAGCUGUGCAGAAUCAGAAGAAGACAGCAGUUAAAGACCACAUGAAGCCACCCAACAAAUAUAAUUUUCUUUCCUGUGUUGACAUAUUUCAAAUAUGUCAAAUAUGUUUCAAAUAUGAAACAGCUUGUUCAUUUCUCAGAUUAUAACUAAAGAUUAUAAUUUUUUAUAACAAAGAUUGUAUUGCCGAGGGGUGUUGUGGUUUGUGUAGCCCUAAAUGAUGUCAGGAAAAAUAAAAUAUCAGGUCAGCAUUCAUAAAGCAGUGAAUAAUUAAAUAUAUUAUAGAUAAUAAAGAGAAAACCUUUACAUGUAUGCGAA